AUGGGUAUGGGUAUGGGUCAGAGUCUUGAGUACCCGUUACCCGCAUGGGGGUGUAGUGAUUGGGUUGAGGCUCUAAGCGGCAAAGUCGUUCGCUGCUUGUUCCAGUGUGCUACUACCACCACUCGCACCCUACUACCACCACUCAUGCCCUCAUCCUACCCUCCAUCUCAUUCUUCCUGUCUCGUCCCUCCUUCCACUCUUCUGGCGCUCUCCAGUGUCCUCCGCAUACGUCCAAGCCACGUCAGCAUUCGCCGACAUGCACUGGGCAUGUGCACUAAGCACUGGUGGCUACUGGGAUCGGGUGGGGGCAGGUACACCCACCAUGGGUACACACCCACACCCAUACCCAUACCCAUGUCUACGGGUACAUACCCAUGGCGGGUACGGGUAUGGGUUGGCCUCGAGACACCCGCGAGUUUACCCGUGUGGAUCCCUACUGGCCGACAGCUAGGCGUCUCAGAUCCCAUCUCUUCUCUCCUGGCUCAUUUUGCAGCGAGCCCUGCCAUUCUCGAAACUCCCACCUCUUCUCAUCUUUCUGCAUAUGCUGCAGGGGGAGGAAGGCUCGUCUCACUCACCAAACGCAAGUUUCUCCUUGUUUGCAACUCCAUCUGGGCCCCUCACGGCCUCCCUCGCAUCUCAGGCGACUGCUUCCGCAUUGGGGGAACCACAGAGCUCCUCCUGCGCAAUGUUCCCCCGCAUAUCGUCAAAGUCAUGGGCCGCUGGUCCUGGAACACAUUGCUCCUCUGCAUGCAGAGCUCCUGGGCCCAAAACUGUCCCCUCUUCUUGCUCGUGCUUCUUGCCACAGCAUUGAGGACCUGUGACAGGCCUCGUCGGUUGUUUCUGGGUGGCGCUCGUUGCUCUCCUGCAUUCUGGUUCUGUUGCCCGUUUGUCGGCUCUCGACGCAUCCUCUGUCCUGUCAUGGUUUUGGGUGGUCUCUGCGGCCUCCUCACGGUUCACCCCUAGGAUCUCAGUUCUGGGCUGGUAGUAGUUGGGGAUUCCCCCCUCAGUAGCAUGUGCUGCCUGUUCUCUAGGCACCUUUCCUGUAGCACAUGCAGCCUGUACUCCAGUCUGUCCGUAGUGUGUCUGCCGUCACUUCAUUAUAGCUAAAACAACGCGAAGGCUAUCAACCGACCUUAGCUCA